CUUGUAGUCUGUACUCUGUAAACAAAAGAAGCCAACAAGCAGACAGAUACACCAAACCAGCUCGUUAAACACGGUUAAAAAUCGGUGUCACCCGUCGUUUCGGCAGCCUCUGCACAGUGUGGCACCUAUAGUUUCUUCCGCUCGACGUUUUGGUGAAUGUUAUCGCUUCUCCUGUCGACUCUCCGUCAAUUUUUUUCCCUAUGGAGUGACAACAAACUGCUCAGGCUAACUGCUAACGCUUAGCUAGCCGACGUUUAGCUUCGCCUAUGCCACAUCGCUCACACAUUAGAUAGCAUUAAAACGAGCCGACUUACCUGAGUGUGCGACAUCCUCAGAGCCGGAGUGGACUCUCUCAUGGUGGUCUCAGUUCAAUGGGGAACUGCCUGUCUUCGCAAGGUGCCGACGACCUGUCUCUGCUGAAUGAGUCCGAGGGAGCCAGCCUUCCAGGAGAGCCGCCGCCGCCGUACCAGGAGCGUGCCCAAACAGUGCCAGUGUACCACCCCACCCCUGGUGAGAGCCGCCUGGCCAGCCAGCUGACCGAGGAGGAGCAGAUCCGCAUCGCCCAGCGCAUCGGCCUCAUCCAGCACCUGCCCAAAGGCAUCUUCGACCCAGGCUCUGAUCCCUCCGACAAGAAAGUUAAAGAAUGUGUGAUCUGCAUGAUGGAUUUUGAGUAUGGGGAUCCUGUUCGGUUCUUACCCUGCCUUCACAUCUACCACGUGGACUGCAUUGACCCCUGGCUGAUGCGUUCCUUCACCUGCCCCUCUUGCAUGGAGCCUGUAGACGCAGCCCUGCUGUCCACCUAUGAAACCAACUGAGCAGUAGCCCAUGUCGGCUGCUCCGGCCUAGAAAAAAAAAAUGCAUCUUUUUAGCCCAAGCUGUCCUAGCUCAAGACAGGUAGCCGUGAAGAGGUGCCACUACACAGAUGCUCAGAGGGUGUUUUAGGGUACAGACAGCUGCAGAAAACAGUGGGCUGUAGUACAUUUCUUAGGUGUGAUAUGGUUGUAUUUGGGCUUUGGAAGAUCUCUGCUUUCUACACUAGGAGAACGUGCCAAAUCAAUACUAUAUGAAGGAAACAUAGAAAGCUAUACAGUUAUUAUAGUAGAAAAUACUACAUAUUGAUCUCACUUUUGGAUGACUGCCUGUCAGUUGUAACUUGUGAUUUUCAUGGUAGUUAAAUGCAUGUGACCAAUGUCAUUUACUUCCCCCACUAUCAGCCCCCGUCCAGACCUAAUGUGCAAUAUGUAAUAUUAAUAGAAAAGUGCAAGGAAACUGUGUUGAUUCAGUGGUAACCUCUUCUCUGACCAGACCACAGAAGUCAGAAAGCAGAUAUUGUCCUCUUUCAAAGGCAUCCAUUGCCUUGAAUGUUUCUAAAUCAUAGGGCUCUUUACUGGAAUGCAGUUAAUAAAUCUGUAGAAAAAUAUGCCAUGAGGUCUCAUUGCCAUGUUUACACCACCUUGUGGAGAAAUGGCAUCAUUAGAGCUUUAGAAGAGAAUUUAGAUUCAUUUGUUGUUUUAUGGGUAGGCUUUUUGUUUAGUUGGCUCUACUGCAGUUACCCUUCUAAGCUGCUUUUAUAAAGGUGGGUCUAUUUUUUGACUUUCCAUUAUGUCGAUCCUCUCCUUUGCCAUGGGUUCGUGCUCUCUACUUCAAGUUGAUGUCAAUCAUGAGAGUGUCGUGUUUGAUUUGUUCAUGUUUUUUGACAGCGACAUAUACAAUGACAAAUAUGCUGUGCAAUCCCCCUCAAAGCACCUUGGGAUACCCCUCUUUUGGCACUCUGUAGCUUAUAGACAUUGUAGAUGAUUGUGUGUGUGGGAGUGUGUGUGUGUGUGUGUGUGUGUGUGUGUUUUAGGGGGAGGGUGGGUAGGUAGAGAUUGACAAGUAAGCUUACAUUUUGAAUUAAUUCUGUCAGUUGUUGUAGGCGUAGUUGUAGUUGCCUCUGUUUUCUGUUGUAAAGUUGUUGGAUCUCGUGUUGAUGGCCUCUCUAUGGCAAGUGAUACGUUUCCAGAGCUCUGGGGUCUGGAAUAGCAAAAUGCUUUCAGCUUUUGAAAUGAGAUUCGUUCUAUCUGAUACUGACUGAGUAAUGUAUAGCACAAACAAGUAAAAUUGUGAAAGAUAAGCUGCAGCACUAGAAUGGAAUGAAUUCUGAAUGUAAAGUAACAGCAUUAUUUCAGCUUUUUCCAAACUUGGGCCGUGUAAGUGACAGUUAAGAGGACAGUUCUGAUCUACUCAGGCUGCUGUGCCUUUUAAGGUUGAAGUAAGCCAACUCCUGUGAAGUACAAUCAUUUCUGAUACAUUUAACUUUUAUUUUAUUUUAUUUUUUUUGUUGUUUUAGUUGUCCUCCAGGGGGAGACGGAUAAUUAGAUACCAGCACUGUGCUGAUUUGUUUGUCACAUAAUAAGAAACAGGCCGAGAACGAAGCCAGAAGUUUCCUCUGGUUGCUGUUACAAUCAUUUUGUCUUUUAUUUUGUAAUGUGUGCAAGCAGGGCACAGCUUUUAGGAGAAUCCUCAAACCACAAUAAAGGUGGAUACCAAAUUCUA